AUGUCUUCGUCCCGCUCCCGCUCUCAAUCACCCUUCUCUUCCGCUCCGAAGAACCCUUCGCUUCUCUCCAUCCCACCAACGACACCGGCCUCCGUCUCAGAUCAAUCUCCAACCACACCCAAGACUGCCACAGUCAACGACUCAAAUAGGUACCACUUCCCCUCCGGUCAGGCUUCUUCGGUCGACGCUGCUCUCAGAACAGAAGAACAAGCACUCCACCAACUCACCGCCGACGACGUCCACAAUCCGCAAUCGACCGCUAUGGGCAACGUAUCCGAGCAGUCCGCCAUGGACCAGAUCCUCUCCGGCGUCCUCGCCAUGCAGAAGGAGCUCUCUCGGUUGAAUCUGCGCAUGGAAGAGAUGGAGAACAAGAACGAGGCCACAGCACGACGGAACUCGUUCUACGGUGCCUUCGCCUCUGGUCAGAUGUCGCCUGCCCUCAAGAGUCCCGGCCUCAUGCCUGGACUUAUGCGCAGAUCCACUUCUCCUCCCAAGAAUCACGGCGCCAUGGACAUGCUGCAUGCUCCACACCUUUCCAUGGGCUCCUCUGCCUAUGCACAGCCUGCUCCCUUGCUCGCAGAGGAGCCCAAACUUGGUCUCUGGGCCGUCGUCCCUGCCGGUGGUGCCGGUACCCGUCUUUGGCCGCUCUCGCGAGAGUCGUACCCCAAGUUCCUGCUCGAUCUCACCGGGUCCGGAAGGACGUUGCUGCAGAGCACCUGGGACCGUCUGCUUCCCCUGGCUGGCCAGUCGCAGAUGAUGAUCGUCACCGGUCAGGCACACGUCGGUGGUGUCACAGCACAGCUUCCCGAGCUUGAGCAGGCCAACGUGCUCGCCGAGCCUUCGCCCAAGGAGUCGAUGGCCGCCAUUGGUCUUGCGGCUGCCGUCCUGCUUCAGCGCGACCCAGAAGCCGUGCUGGGUUCCUUUGCUGCCGAUCACAUCAUCUCGGGUCGAGAUGCUUUCGAGUCGGCGGUCACCGAGGCCGUCGCUACUGCCAAGGCUGGCUACCUCGUCACCAUCGGUAUCGCCCCUUCGCACCCCUCCACCGGUUUCGGGUACAUCAAGCUCGGCGAGAAGCUCAGUGUCAGCGAUGCACCCAACGCCCGUCGCGUCACCGAAUUCAAGGAGAAGCCCGAUGCACGAACCGCUGCUGCCUACCUCUCCACCGGUGACUACCGAUGGAACGGUGGUAUGUUUGUGGUCAAGGCACAGGUUUUGCUCGACUUGCUCAAGGAUUCUAAUCCGGAACUGCACGAGGGUCUGUUGCGCAUUGCUGCUGCUUGGGAUUCGGACGCUCGUGACAGCGUCAUGAGCGAAGUCUGGCCGACGCUGCCCAAGAUUGCCAUCGAUCACGCCGUUGCGGAACCCGCUUCCAAGGUGGGCAAGGUCGCCGUCGUACCCGCUACCUUUGGUUGGGACGAUGUAGGUGAUUUCGCCUCGUUGGCCGACUUGAUCCCUGCCGAAGAGGGAGAGCCGAGGAUCCUAGGUGACACCAGGCUGGUCGUGACCGAGAGCCAGGCGGGAGGUCUCAUUAUCCCUGCUGCUGGUCGACCUAUCGCGUGUUUGGGUGUGGACGAUGUCGUCGUGGUCGACACUCCUGACGCGCUCCUCAUUACCACGCGAGCACGAUCCCAGGACGUCAAGAAGAUUGUCGGUCGCACAAAGAAGGUCUACCCAGAACUGUGCUGA